UGCAUUACCUGUAAGAUUUAGAGAAUUAUGUUUAGUAGAUUGUACUAGUUUGUUUUCAUGAGAGAUUGUGUUUAUUACUUGUUACAUUACAUUUCUGCAGAGUGGAAGCAUUGCUCCAACCCAGGGCUAAUUUCAAAUUCUUGGCCAAAUACUUUCAAGAACGGGACGGCCCAAACUACGGACUGGGCUUUAUGGGGCCUCCUGGACCGCCUGGACCAAAAGGAGAAUCAGGAAAGUCUGGUGUGAAUUAUGUGCGCUGGGGAAGAACCACAUGUCCCAGUGGUGCUGAAAUUGUUUACAAAGGCAUAAUUGGUGGUGAGCAUUACAAUCACCAAGGUGGUGGAGUAAAUUAUCUUUGCCUUCCACUCAAUCCAAAGUACGACAAGUACAAAGAUGGAGGGCAGGGCUCGGGAUACGUGUAUGGCACUGAGUACCAAGUCAGCGGUUUCAACCCAUUUAAGAAAAAUCUCCAUGACUAUAAGGCACCGUGUGCUGUUUGCUUCGCCAAGUCACGUGGCUCAAUGCUAAUGAUGCCCGCACGGAAUGAUUGUCCAUCUGGCUGGACCGAGGAGUAUCAUGGGUACCUGAUGACUGAACACCACAGCCACAAGAAACAACGGGACUACAUAUGUGUUGACGAGGAUGCAGAAGAUGUCGCUGGUGGUAAGGCCAAAAAGCAUGGUGCUUUGCUGUACCCCGUUGAAGGACAGUGUGGCCCACUCCCGUGUAGUCCAUACGUUGCCGGAAGAGAGUUUACAUGCGCUGUCUGCACUAAGUGACAGAAAGUGACCAUUACAUUGGAAACCUAAAGGAUACAAGACGAAGUUUUGAACAUAUAAUUUCAUAGACUCUCGUGAUUAACAUAACGUAAGACAAAAAGUACACCAUAAUCGAAAUUUCGCUCUUUCAGUCAAAGGUAUCGAAGUGGAGAUCAUGAUGUACAUAAAUGUAGCGCAUUAAUCAUAGUAACAACAAUAAAUUGCCGCAAACCAUCA